AUGGGCUACUCCAACAGUGUUGAAUUUGAUGCACCAUUAGCAAUGCCAGUGUCAGACUAUUCUGGAAGGAGUUCUCGAAGCUCCGUGAGGGGACCGGACUCUCGAUCACCUCUUCAAUCUAACCGAAAGAGCACCAGAAGAGGCAAUCUCAAGCAAGGCUUGAAAGCACUACUAUCGCCCAUAACCCCCGGCAGAAGAAAGAGGAGUGUUGUUAACUCGGAAUCCAGAUCACGCAAGAGUCUGUCUCCCAAAUUGUUUGGGCUCUCACCCAAAACUCCAGGAGGACGAAAGAAAUUUGUCAUGAACAAGUUGGCCAUCAAUCAUCUAGACCACGACGACGACGAACCAUCGUCUCGAUCUCCCAAAAGUCGGGCCCCGGCCACCACGGGAGCACCCAGACGAAAACUCAGCAAGAACAGCAUCAUCAAUAAGCUAGGAAUUACCAACCUAGAUGACGACGACGAAAGCGACAGUGGCCGCGCGUCUGCACUUAAAUCACCAAAGUCGCCGAAGCUAAGUCCAACGACACCAGGAAAAAGACGGAUCAACAAAAAGAGUCUCAUUCUAUCCGACAUUUUUAUGAAGGGUUUGGAUGAUGAUUUUGAUACUGAUGAAAACGACAAAAAGGAAGACACGGGACCCUCUGCCUUGGACAUUUGGAGGGCGGAACGAAAAGUGGCCAUGUCGCAAGAUCAUGUUACUUGUCGGGACUAUCAAGGGAAUAGCAAUUCCAUGAAAUGCUCCAAGCAAUCCACUGGUGGAAACUUACGGGGUUUGUUUUCCAGGAGUGACAACAGUGUACGAUAUAGCGUGAGAAAGGAGAAGAAGGACGAUUCAUUAGAUCUGGCAAUGCUAGUAAUGGAUGAAAUGGAAGACAGCAGUGAAUUCAUGAAAUCAGAGGAUUUAUAG